AUGAUAGAACCCUCUGAAGACUCAUUUGAGACGAUGAUGGAGCUUAAGAAUCCAUCAUCAAAACAAAUGGAGUCCUCCGAGGGCUCAUCCAACACCGUCGAGGAGACACCCGGCAGCAGCAGCGGAGCGCAGGCAGGGGCGGGCCCAGCCAGUGGCCCAGCCCAGGAAAGCCAGGAGCCACCAAGUGGCUCUGUCCAGGAAAUGCAAGAGCUGCCCAUUGAUCUACUCCAAGACAUGGAGGAGCCAUCCAGUGGCCCAUGUAAGGAAAUAGAGGAUCCACCCAAUGACCUACUCCAAGACAUGGAGGAGUCAUGCAGUGGUUCACACCAGGCAAGGGUGGAUCCACUCAACGAAGCAUCUGAGGGGACGGAAGAAGCAUCAGUUGACCCGACUGAGACCCAGGCAGAGCAAGAAGACAAGACCAACCUGAAAGAAGCAGGAAGAGAGGAACCCCAGGAAGCGGAGAGCCAGCCUGGGAUCUCGCCAGGAGAAGCCCUGAGCACGAUGAGCUCCAUCAUCUCGCUGUUCCUCCGGCUUCAAGACCUCAACGAACAACAGAAAGUAGCAGAGGAGAUCUUGGUCAGGGGCAUCAACGAAGGCCGGCUGCCCUCCCUCAGCCACUUCUCUGGAGAUCGCAGAGAGUACCACGAGUUCAUCGUGCUCUGCCAAAUGAUCUUACAGAGCUACCCAACGGUGUUCUACAAUGACCACCUGCGGGUGAAGUUUGUCAUCCGCCACCUGUCUGGCUUAGCCUUAGAAUGGGCCAAAGCCCUGAUACAGGAGAAGAGCCCCCUGAUGUACGACUUCUCGGGCUUCCUAGAAGCCAUGUCGAAGGUGUUCGAGUACCGACAGACACUGCGUGUGGCAGAAGAGGCCAUGUUCAACAUCAGGCAGGGGAACCGCUGUGCUGCCGAUUACAUCAAUGAGUUCCAGAGCCUGGUACCCACCUUGGGCUGGCCGGAUGAAGUGCUGCAGGCCCACCUAUGCCAGGGGCUCAACGAAGACAUCAGGCAUUAUCUGUUUCGGAUCCCUCAGCCGGAUUCCCUGAACAGUCUGAUCGUGGUCGUGCUGCAGAUCGAAGACAAACUGGCGGAGAGAAGGGCCAUUCUCAGGCUGCCCCCCGAGUCCCGCCCACGCAACAUGACCUGGAUUGACUCACCUGCCCCCGAGAAGUGGAUGGUGAGCAGCUGGCUGCCCAACUACUUCCAUCCAGACAUCGAUCGUGCCCAUCUCUUCCUGCUGCUCCUGGUCAGGGUAAGCCCCUACCACAGUGUCGCUGUCCAAGCCCUGGUGGACUCGGGGGCAGAAGGCAACUACAUGGAUGAGAAGUUUGCCCAAGAGCACUACGUGGAGCUCUACGAGAAGCCCUAUCCACAGCUGAUCCAAACUGCAGACGGCUCACUGAUGGGCAACGAACCCGUCUGGCUGUUCACCGAGCCCCUGGUGUGCAUCCAUCAGAACCACCAGGAGUCCCUCCAAUUUGACAUCGUACCUUCACCCAACUUCUCCGUGGUCUUGGGCAUGAGCUGGCUCCGAACCCAUGCCCCCGAAGUCGACUGGAUCAAAGGACGCUGCACCUUCCACUCUCCCUACUGCCUGAAGAACUGCUUCCGCCCCCCUCCACCAUGCAUCGCACUGGAGAAAUACAGCAUCAGCCUACUACCCGGAUUGCCACACCCAUACUCAGACCUGGCCGACGUGUUCAACCCGAGGGAAGCAGAUGAUGAGACUUCCGACCAGCCAAGCUCAGACGGAUCCGAUGAUCUUUCUGAAUCAGAGCCCUCUGAGCUUCAGCAGGCUGGAGACAGUGAUCACAGCGACGUCUUCUACGAGUGUCCUUCCAUCGCGCCUUGGGAACCUGUGGGUGCCAGGAUGCGAGAACAAGCCAGGCAGCAAGAGGAAUACUGGACAUUGUACGACAUGCUGACUGACAAAUAUGACUGCAUACAGAAGAUUCCAGAACUAUUUGACCAGUUACAUGGAGCGGCAUGGUUCACAAAACUGGAGCUGCGGGGGACCAUUCUGCGGGGCCAGAUGAGCAGCAACAAAAUCAAACGCACGGAGGAGACAUGGAAAGCAGCAUUCGGUUUGGACAAUCAAGAUACGAAGACCUACCAGCCCUUCGCUCUAUCCUCAGACCCCAUCAUACCUCAGAAAGUGAUUCACUGUAUCCUAAGGGGCAUGCUAGGUUUCUUUGUGGUCUCCUAUGGUCAAGAAGUCCUUGUCUACUCAAUGUGCCAGGAAGAGCAUAUCCAGCAUGUCCGCCAAGUCCUGGUCCGCUUUCGGUAUCACAAUGUCUACUGCUCACUGGACAAGAGCCAAUUCCACCGCCAGACGGCAGAAAUCUUGGACUUCAUCAUAACCCCCAAAGGGGUGAAACUAAAUAAGGCUCUUGUGAGCCUCAUCACAGACAGCCCUCUCCCAACAAGCAGGAGGAGCCUGCAAUGCUUGAUAGAAUUGGUGUAUCCCUUCCGCCACUUCGUGGAGCACUUCGCCAUCAUUGCAGAGCCCCUGAUAAGGCAGCUGCUGAGUUCUGAGCCCUUCUCCUGGGGAGAAGAGGAGCAAGAGGCCUUCGAAUGCCUGAAGAGGGCUUUCCGCAAGGCACCCAUUCUCUACCACCCCAAGCGUCACAAUCCAUUCUACUUGGAAACAGGCAUCAGCAGGUCAACCCUGUAUGCCUCCCUGAUCCAAACCGAUGAGCACACUGGCAAGAAAGUCACCUGCGCUUUCUACUCGCGACAACUCUCCCCGACCGAGGAGGAGUACCCUCUACUGGAGUUGAGGAUCUUUCCAAUCCGGGCUGCCUUCAUGGUGUGGUGCCGCUACCUGGAGAACACCGAGGAGCCCAUCAUGAUCCUUCUCAACACAGAGGAUCUAGCCUCUCUGAAUAAUGACAGGCUCACCGUACUUCUCCCCGGGCAUUGGGUCUUCUUCUUCUCCCACUUUCACUUCGAUGUGAUGGAGCUGCCUGAUGAUGCUAACAGCAGAGCCCUAACCCGGAGGAGAAGUCGCAACCAGAGAGGAGUCAGGGGCAGGAACCUGCGGCCAAUACUGCUUUAUGCCCUGAGUGGACACACCAGGGAUCAGGAUGAAGAGUCUGAGGAGGAGGAUGAAGAAGAGUCCGAACAGGACGAACUCAACGAGCGGAUGCUGCUCCAGGAAUUCCUGGCCGCCAUCCCAGCGGACCAGAUCCUUAACAGCUUCCUGGCCCACUUCAGCAUGGCCCAGAUCCGGGCCGUUGUCCUACACUUCUUCGGAGGUGUGCUCUACUGGAAGAAUCUCCUAGCUGUGUCAGCCCUCCUGGUGAUGCUAAGGGUGGGGCAGAGCCCCUCCCCGCUGCCCGCCCCCUCCUUGGUGGUGGCCAGGCCCCAGCCCCAGCGGUCACUGCGACUCAUUCUGGACUCAACCCUCAUCGCCGGCAGUGGCAUGGCCACAGCCAUUUCCCAGCUGCUCAGCCAGAUGCCCCCUCUGGUGGGUGCCAACAGCCUCCCUGCUCGUGACCUGGCUGAGAUGCUCCUGGGCCCCAGGCGCUGGCAGCGAAAUGCCCUGAACGCUCAGCCUCUACGGGGCCUGCGAUUCACCCCCGGAUUCUGGUUGACCCUGUGUGAGUUCUUUGGGGUCAGAGUCAAUCCUGAAGACCACAGGCCCCCUGUCCCACGCCAGCACCGAUACUUGGAGCUGCACGUCGUUGGCGAUGAGGAUGUCGUCUUGCGAGAAGCCCUGCAAGACGACCUGCAACGUUACCGUCAGUGUGGCCUGCAUGACGGCCUGCAAGACACCUCGCAGGACGCGCAGGACAACGACGUGCAAGAGGAAGACCUGUCUGGCGACCAGGAGGACGCCGAACUCCCCCUCCGUCCACGCAACCUGCUGGACCCUGAGGUCCUAGAUUUCCUCAACAACCGCCUGGUCUACGUCUAUGGCCCCAAUGGCCGGCUUACUCUGCUCAACAGAGAGCAGGUGGCCCAGGCCCUGACACGGUUCCUGACCAUGAUCUCCACACAGGCCCCAGCCAGGGAAGAAGCAAGGCUAGAAGAGCUACCGGACUCGGAAGGUGACGAUGACCUCGACUGAAAACACACCGCUAAGUCUCUGCCACCUCCCCUUGUGCCUCUGCUUUGCUCAAAUCCAGCACUCCUGCCACUCCUGACCCAAGGGGAACCCACAUGAGAAGGGCCACAACUUCAACUCAUCAACCAGCAACAUCAUCUGUGCUAAAGGACUAGCCAAUCGUCAGAGUCCCAGAGCCAGCUGAGGCUGUGCAACCCUAUCCUAACUGUCCUGUCCGGGCCCCAGGCCCACAGCCGGGAGUGAGAUCAAUGAGAAGAGAGAACAGUGAUGAGCAAAAGACCCCGUCACCCCAGGCCGGAUGCAGAGCAGGCAGAGCAGGCGCAGCCAAGCAAGCAGAUGCCAGGGACCCCCCACCACCCGAGUGGCACGUGGCCACCUGUGCAUCCUGGGACACUGACCUCGGGUGCUCCACUGACUUCUUCUACCU